AAGAGGAUGGGAUUGAAGCAGUCCUUCCUUGGCAUUAUAUAACUUGAAUAAUUUGCUCUGCAGAACUGGGGGAAGUUGCUUUUGUGGAUGCCCUGUCAUUGGAUCCACAGAUACCUUCACAAUUUCUACCUUCACAAGUUAUGCCUGCAAACAUGUAUUAUGCAUCUGUUUAAAGUCUCCCUGAUGUAGAUGCUUUGGUUGCCAGUUCUGUUGUGCUUUUAAGGUAUUUAAGUGUCUCAGUGUGUUAAAGCGCUGAGCUGCUGAACUUGCAGACCGAAAGGUCCCAGGUUCAAAUCCCGGAAGCGGAGUGAGCGCCCGCUGUUGCUCCAGCUCCUGCCAACCUAGCAGUUCGAAAACAUGCCAAUGUGAGUAGAUCAAUAGGUACCGCUCCGGCGGGAAGGUAACGGCGCUCCAUGCAGUCAUGCCGGCCAAAUGACCUUGGAGGUGUCUACUGACAACGCCGGCUCUUUGGCUUAGAAAUGGAGAUGAGCACCAACCCACAGAGUCAGACAUGACUGGACUUAACAUCAGGGGAAACCUUUACCUUUACCUUAAGUGUCUUUAAAAUGCUCUAAGGCAGAAAAAAGGAGGUAAAGAGAGAGAAAAGAUGAAAAAAAGGAAUGUAGCAACACUUAUUUAUUUAUUAUUUGCUACAUUUAUAUCCUGCUCUUCUCACCCUGAAGGGAACUCAGAGCGGCUUACAAAUUAAAUUUACAUACAAUAUUAUAUUAUUAGCAUAGUACAAUACUGGCAAUAAAUUACUAUAUUGUACUAUAUCAAUAUAUGGUAAUAUUAUUAGUAAUAUUACAUGUAAAAUACAAUAUAUAAUUAAUAUUAUUAUAUUGUAUUAUUAGUACAGUAGAGUCUCACUUAUCCAAGCGCAUGAUGAUGAUGAUGAUGAUGAUAAAUUAUCAUAAUUAUUUGCUUUUCUUCGUCUCUAAGAGUCCCAUUUAAUUUAUAUAUAUAUAUAUAUAUAAUUAUUAUUGUUAUUGUUGUUCUUUUUCUUACUUAACCACUUUACCACUUCUUUCAGAUACAGAAUGAAGAAGGGAUUUCAUAUCACACAAUCUGCUAAAAUGAAAACCCAUUUGUCUGAAAGGUGCUGCUACAUUUCUUUAUUCCCUCUCCCUCCUUUUUAUAUUGCAAAGAACUUAACACAGCCAUAUCUUGGAAGCUAAAUGUAUAAGAUGUCUGCAUUGGGCCUCAUCCGUCUUAUUUGUUUGCUCCUCUCCGAAUGCUCCUAGAUGCUGCCAAGGUUUUGAGGUUGUUUCUGGGUUUUUCUUCUUCCUAUCCUAGCUGAGCCUUGCAUUAUCUCAUUAUCUGGCCCUUUGCGGAGCACAUCUUACAAGGAAAAGCCCUUCUGUUCCAGAGGGGACCCCAGGUCGCCUUCUCUGGAACCUUUUGUAUGGUCUGAUGUAGCCUCACAACAAUCCUGCCAUGCAGCUAUGGUUUCCUUCAAAGCCAUUUGUUUCCAUGUGCUAAACUCUAUGCAGAGUAUAUAUAUGAUUUGUUUCAAAGGGACAUUGUUCCCCAAAGGUAUGGGCCCCCAAAGUGUGAUGGGUCCCGGGAACUGAUUCUGUUUGGAUUCUAGCAAUCUUGGGUCAGGUCUAAAAUAUUAUCUGAGAAGGAAUGCAAGACUACAUGUCUUUAUAUUCCCCCUUUGCCUCCAAAAUAGUCUCCAAAAUCUUGGUUGGAAUAGUGACAUCUAUUUCUCUAAGAUUGUUCAGCAUGCAUAUGUUGUUGUCGUGGUUGAGAUAGUGACAUCUAUUUCUCUAAGAUUGUUCAGCACACAUGUUGUUGUUGUGGUUGAGAUAGUGACAUCUAUUUCUCUAAGAUUGUUCAGCACGCAUAUGUUGUUGUCGUAGUUGAGAUAGUGACAUCUAUUUCACUAAGAUUGUUCGGCACGCAUAUGUUGUUGUUGUUGUGGUUGAGAUAGUGACAUCUAUAUCUCUAAGAUUGUUCAGCACGCGUAUACUGUUGUUUUCUUGGUUGAGAUAGUGAUAUCUAUUUCUCUAAGAUAGUUCAGCACGCAUAUGUUGUUGUUGUUUCUGUGGUUGAGAUAGUGACAUCUAUUUCUUUAAGAAAGUUCACGCAUAUGUUGUUGUUGUCGUUGUGGUUGAGAUAGUGACAUCUAGUUCUCUAAGAUUGUUCAGCACACAUGUUGUUGUCUUGGUUGAGAUAGUGACAUCUAUUUCUCAAAGAUUGUUCAGCACGCAUAUGUUGUUGUCGUAGUUGAGAUAGUGACAUCUAUUUCUCUAAGAUUGUUCAGCACUCAUAUGUUGUUGUUGUGGUUGAGAUAGUGACAUCUAUUUCUCUAAGAUUGUUCAGCAUGCAUAUGUUGUUGUUGUCGUGGUUGAGAUAGUGACAUCUAUUUCUCUAAGAAUGUUCAACACGCAUAUGUUGUUGUUGAGAUAGUGACAUCUAUUUCUCUAAGAUUGUUCAACACAUACGUUGUUGCUGUUUUGUUGUUGUUGUUUCUACCUUGCUUUUCCUCUCUAAAGGAAAACAAAGCAGCUAAUGCUAAAUGCAAAGCAAAUCAGUGUAAAACCUUAAAAGAAACAUACAAACAUUAAAAUAGAAUUGAACACAGAAAUGCAAAAUAAUACAUAAAUAAAAGUGACGAAACUAUGAUCGAAGGUAUCUCAUUGAAAUAUACAGGUAUUCCAAAAUUAUAUAUAUAUAUAUAUAUAGUGUGUGUGUGUGUGUGUGUGUGUGUGUGUAUAUAUAUAUAUAGUAUAUGUAUAUAUAUGUAUAUGUGUGUGUGUGUGUGUGUAUAUAUAUAUAUAUAGUAUAUGUAUAUAUAUAUGUGUGUGUGUGUGUGUGUGUGUGUGUGUGUGUGUAUAUAUAUAUAUAUAUAUAUAUAUAUAAUAUGUAUAUCUCCUAAAUCCAAACACUUUUGGUCCCUAGCACUUCAGAUAAGGGAUGCUCGAUUGUAAUCUCUUUCUGCUGCGGGAUUAUCUGUGCCACGGAUGGAGGAGGGGAUGUUCGGUGCAGGAUUAAUGGGAGCUACUCAAUCUCAUCCAUGUGCUUCUUUCUCUUUUUUCCCUUCCUUGGCUUCGGGAAGGCAAGAUUUCUUUCCUGUGUGCAUGCAGGGAAUGUAUCGGGGCGCCCCAAAGUCCUUGGAGUUCGGACCAUCCGAAGCCAUGAUGCGAUGAUGGAGAAGAGUCUGUUCUAAACCUCCAUGUCUUUCGAAGAAAGGAGCGAAACAACCACGGAGGAGGAAUCCAAGGGUUUGGACCCACCAUGCACUUUGGGGCCCUGGGAAUUAUUUCCUUCCUUUUUCUCUUUGCAUCUGAGUCUCUCUGGGGCGAAAAAUUGGAAGCAAAUUCAGAUACUUAUUGGUCAGGAACGGCUCCUAUCUGUCUUGGAGGCUGCAAAGGGAAGCACAAAGAAUUGAAAAAGAGCCAAUGCGGAAACGGAAGUUGCUGCUGGUUGGGAUAUAAAUCCUUUUGCCGAGUGAACUGCGGUCGACCAGAAGCGGAGUUUAAUUCGGUGGUCUACGGCAACGACUGGUGGGUGGGAUCUGUAGUGCGUUACCGCUGCCGAGCAGGGUUCCUGCUGGUGGGCGACCCAGCCAGCGCUUGCCAGUCCAGCGGCUACUGGACCCCCAAGCCAACCUGCCUCCGGAUCUGCCUCCGGGGCCGGAUCGAGAUCAACGAGCGGGACAUUGACGGGAGCUGCUCCUCCACCUGCCCCACCAAGGCCCACCUGGGGGCCCUGCUCAACCACGGCUGCAUCAAGAUCUCCGCCUGCGUCACCAAGCAGUCCGGCUGGACCCGCUGGUUCUCCCGCUGCGACUUCUGCGAGUGCGACUGCUACGUCCCCUGCUCUUCAUCGCGAUAAAAGCCAAAGAAAUUGUGAUAUUGCGAUACACCGAUUUCUAGGUAAGUGUUAAGAAACAUAUCUAUUCCAAAAAAUUGAAAAUCAAAAAUCAGUAGAGUCUCCUUAUCUGAGGGUUUUUAAACAGAGGCUGGAUGGCUAUCUGUCAGGAGGGCUUUGGAUGUGUAUUACUUCAUGGCAAAAUGGGGGUUGGACUGGAUGGCCUUGGGGGUUCCCUUCCAACUCUAGGAUUCUAUGAUGUUUCAGAAAAUCCCAGUGUAGCUGUUGAGAGCCAUAGCUCAAGGAUGUUGUUGUUGUUUUUGUUGUUUUUAUGUUGAAGGCAGUGUGAUCCCACUUCAACUCCCACGGGUCAUUGCUAUAGAAUCCUUGCAAACCUGAAAAGACAGAGGAAGAAAAACUCUUGUCACAUGAUGUUGCAAAAACAUGCCUUUAAAAACAUUAUUGGUAUAUAUAAUAAUUAAAUAACAACGAAAGAGUGAGAACAAUGGUUUUUGACAGAAAGUAAAGAAAAAAAAGAAGAGAAGAGAAAACAGGGAAAAAGAAAAGAAAAAGAAAAAAAUAUAAAAAUAAAAAUAAUGUAAUAAAAAUAAUAUAUAUAUAUAUAUAUAUAUAUAUAUAUAUAUAUAUAUAUAUAAUAAAAAUAAAGUGAAAAUGAUAAAAAUGACUUCCAUCUUCGCCUUUGCGUUUCCCAUUCUAUAUAAACAAAAGAGGGUGAUACAAAAACCAAUAUUGAGUCAGCCUCUUUUUCUGUAGUAAUAGGGACAAACUCGAAAAAAAAGAUGUUGUCCUUUAUAUUGGCUUAGUCCUUGAUUCUUUGCUUUACAAAUAGCUAACGAAGAAACAUGCCUUUUUUAAAACCCCAAAUUAAAUAUCCUUGAAAGGUCACCUUGUCGCCCAACUAUGAUGAAGGGAAAUCUCAGUCUCCGUCUACGUCAAAUAUUGGAGAUGGGUGGCGCAUGCGAAAUACACACGAAGCCUCUUGACUUGAUUGGGAAAUGGACAAGAAGAGAAAACUGUAGUGUUAUUUUACAUUAUUUGAACCGGAUUCGAUUUGUGUGGUUUCAUCUAUUCUAUUCUAUUAUUCUAUUUUAGACUUUUUGUUAUCAAGCUACGGUAACCUCCCUCAUGAUUUAUAGUUCACCAAGAGCUAACAAAUAAAUAUAUGUGUUAAAACUUUAUUAAAACUUUAUUCAGAGGUUCCGAUGUUGCAGAAGUUCAAGGUGUCCGAAGAUCGAGAACACACCCAGCAGCAGCUGUACCCCCAUCAGUUAUAUAAUUUCUAAUCCUUCAAUAAAUUAUGUAUAUUUUAUAGUUUUUGUGUAACGUAUCCUUCAGUUGUAUACCAUAUCUAUUCCUUAUAUAGAAAGUAUCUAAACCACUUUAUAGAAAUGUAUUGAAAUGUAGCUUAGAAACGGCCACCCCUCCAUGAUCCUGCUAAAUAAUCCCCUAGGAAUAGAGAAGUUGGGCAAAUUCCUCUGGCUAUUUCCCAAGACAGAUAAUCACCAGGUUCGUUGUGUUUAUGUACAGAUAGGCUACUUCCCUGGCCAGCCAGAUAAGCCAGAUAUUUAUGGAAUUCAUCUUAGGGGAAAUUUGUAUUUACUGCUGUUAAAUAAACUGAAUGACGGCAGGAAAAGUAAUGCAAUGUUUUCCAAAAAAUACUCCAUUGGCAACAGAAAAGAAAGCGAAUCCCAAGUACAGUAGAGUCUUAUUUAUCCAAGACUCACUUAUCCAAGGUUCUGGAUUAUCCAAGGCAUUUUUGUAGUCAAUGUUUUCAAUAUAUCAUAAUAUUUUGGUGCUAAAUUCGUAAAUACAGUAAUUACAACAUAACAUUACUGCGCAUUGAACUACUUUUUCUGUCAAAUUUGUUGUAUGACAUGAUGUUUUGGUGCUUAAUUUGUAAAAUCAUAACCUAAUUUGAUGUUUAAUAGUCUUUUCCUUAGUCCCGUCUUAUUAUCCAAGAUAUUUGCUUAUGGCCGUUUAGCUUGGAUAAGUGAGACUCUACUGUAGCUGAUGAUUUUUUUCCCUUCUAUCACAGCAAGACAAUGGACACAAGAGGGCAUGCGAGAGCCAUAUGUCGGAAGGGAAACUGUGGAAUUAAUGCGGCUUGAUCUUGUGUAACUCACAAAAACUACAACCCAAUGAUUCUACAACAGUCCAAAUGGUGUCAUCAAUCAGCACCAUUCAUUACCAUAUGCCCCUUGUCUCCCAGGCAAGGUGACCAUAGAUGAAGUAGAUGAUGGAGAGAUCGGAGCAAAAGGCCUUCUGAGUCCCAAGGUUGUCCUCACGAUUGUCCAACAUGAAGUUGCAGAGCAUUACAAACUUAUGGGACAAAUCUCUGUCCACAAGGUGUUCUCCGUCUGUUAUCAACUCUGGGAACAUUAUUUUUGAUUAUUAAUACUAAUUAUCAAUAACUACUACCAUGUUUCCCCGAAAAUAAGACAGUGUCUUAUAUUAAUUUUUGCUCCCAAAGAUGCGCUAGGUCUUAUUUAGAGGGGAUGUCUUAUUUUUUCAUGAAGAAGAAUUCACAUUUAUUGUUGAACAAAAACAUGAACAUUUAUUAUAUACUGUAUAGUAGUUGUCCUCACAAACCAGCAUAACCAGACAAACUGUGAAUCCUAUCAAGAAUUUCUUGUUAUUACCAAUAUUUCCAUGUACAACACUCUAUGGUACGUACAUUUACCGAUCCUGGAUGCUUUGGUGUUCUGUUCGUUGGGCAUGCUUCCAAACAAAAACUUUGCUAGGUCUUACUUUUGGGGGAGGCUUUAUAUUUAGCAAUUCAGCAAAAGCUCUACUAGGUCUUAUUUUCUGGGGAUGUCUUAUUUUAGGGGAAACAGGGUAAUACCUGCUGUAUAUCCUAUCAGUCACAUUUCUAUCCUUUUGUUCUAACAAGCUCAAGGGAUGUUCCAGGGAGUGCUUUGAUGCGAUGACGAAUCAAUGCAGUUUGAACUGCCAUGGUUUAAGGCUAUGGAAUACUGGGAAUUGUAAUUUGACAAGUGUUUUAGUCCUCUGUGCCUAAGUGUGCCCAUGCCUCACUUAACAAAGAGUUUAUCUACAUUGUCAAUUUAAUGCACUUUAACUUCAAUGAGGCAGUGCUCUGGAGUGCUGGGAGUUGUAGUUUGGCGAGGCCCCAACACUCCGGCAGAGAAGGCUAAAGAGAUCGUAAACUACAGCUCUCCAUAGCAUUGAGUCAUUGCACUUAAAGCAGUGUCAAAUUGCAUUAAUUCUGUAGUGUGGAGGGAGUGGAUAUUUAUUUUUAUUUAUUUAUUUACAACAUUUAUACCCCGCCCUUCUCACCCGAGGGGACUCAGGGCGGCUUACAAAAAUUGGCAAAAUUUAAUGCCCAAAAUGCAAUCAUAAAAACAAAACAGCCUUAACCCUAUCCCUAAAAGUUACUACUCGUUUGUCUGUGUAUCACUUGUUGAGAAAAUCACAAUAAAAAUUACUUGACAAAAAAUAAUAAUAAUAAAAACAAAACAGUAUAAACAGAUCUAUUAAUAACAUUGUUAAAACACAUUAUAAAAACCUUAAAAACAUAUAUAUAAUUAAUUCCAUUUGUCCAAUAUAGGUGUUAUCGUAAAUUAGACUCCAAAAUUAUGAAUUAUGAAAGGGACAUACAGUAGAGUCUCACUUAUCCAACAUAAACGGGCUGGCAGAAUGUUGGAUAAGUGAAUAUGUUGGAUAAUAAGGAGGGAUUAAGGAAAAGCCUAUUAAACAUCAAAUUAGGUUAUGAUUUUACAAAUUAUGCACCAAAACAUCAUGUUAGACAACCAAUUCAACAGUACGUACGUUCUGUACGUAGUAAUGCUAUGUAGUAAUUACUGUAUUUACAAAUUUCGCACCAAUUUCGCACCAAAAUAUCACGAUGUAUUGAAAACAUUGAUUACAAAAAUGCAUUGGAUAAUCCAGAACGUUGGACAAGCGAGUGUUGGAUAAGUGAGAUUCUACUGUACCUGUAUUGCCUGAUAUGAUCUGGAUUAUCUCUUCUAUGCCCCAGACCAGACACAUCCUUGCAACACCCAUUGAGAUGACCAACACCUCAAGCACCCAUUGUUUAUCUGGACUAACACCAUUGUAUCCACAGGAGCUGGAAUAUUAAGACCCAUUUUACCCCAUUAUUGCUUGUAUUGCUGCAUUACUUUCUGAUUGCUUCCUUCACAGAUGCGGAUAAACAAAUGGACAUUCUUCAAAAUAGUCCAAAGACAGUUUAUUGAAGUUUCCCGCCACAGCAAAAGCCAACGAGAGAUGACGAGAGUGGAUUCUAGCUGGACACUUUCUGAACCAAUCAGAAGCCAGUGCGAGAGUCUUGAAUAGCUGUCAAAAUACAAUAAAUACGCUCUGUGUUUUUUCGGCUGCUGUGUAUAUAUUAUUAUUGGUUUUUAUUAUUGUUCUUCGAUGUUUCAUAUUUUAUUUUAUCAUUGUUUUGUAUCUUAUUUUGCUGUAAGCCGCCCCGAGUCCCCUUCGGGGGAAAGGGAGGCGGGAUAUAAAUAAACUUCUUAUUAUUAUUAUUAUUAUUAUUAUUAUUAUUAUUAUUAUUAUUAUUAUUAUAUUUCCAAUUGUGGUAUAUUAGUUCUUUAGAGUGCUAUCUUUGCUGACAUCCUCUCUGGCCAUUGAGAAUAAAGCCUCUGAUUUUGCCUUCAA